GACGAUGAGGGCCGCGCGUGCGAUCAGUCUGAAAGUCAGCGAGCGCGAGCCGCUGAUCGUUCUCGGUUGAUUCUUGGCGAGCGAAACAAGAGCAGGGGACCGAAUCCAGCGCGCGUCCCAAUCAUUUGACAUACCGUGAUCGAUAAGGCGACCCGCCUCCAAAUCAACAGCGUCCGGCAACACCGAUUAAACUUUAAACUUCCAAGAAUUCUAUCGAUGAUAUUUCAUGGAAAAGAAUUCCGUUAAAAACUGACAGAGGCAUAGAGGCACGAGACACACGGAUAGAAUCUUUAAAAGGUGGCACGGAGGGUGUCUUCGAGGGAGAAGUAUUCAAACUCACUCGCGCACGAUUUAAUUUCUGGCAAAAGUCAUCGAUGGAAAAAAAUUUUCAGAACGCUCCACGUCGCAUUUAGCCACGGACGGAGUAUUCGACGCGAUAUCGGGCUCAUCAACCGACACCUCGCUGCAAGGACGCAGAGGAGGAUACCGUCGUUCACCGUCGUUCACCGUCGUUCACCAGUGCCGCCGAGAUGAAGAAGCGUCGCGGAUAAGAUUGAGCUUGACGAGCGAUUUGCGAUGAUAGAGCGCGAGCCGCGGUCAGGAGAAGCGUGCACGCCGAUAUCCGCUCGGCCGUUCUCCGGAUAGCGAGAUAGGAAACGGGUGUUCGUUAACGACGCGCAGAGAACUGGAUCGCCCCAGCUCGCCUCCUUCUCGCUAUCCUUCUCGUUCCAUUUUUCACGGCCGACAAUGCGCGCCGGAUAAGGUGUCCGUGUUCGCGCGUGUACGCGCGUGUACGCGCGUGUACUCCUCUUUCUUUCUUUCUUCACGCCCGAAAACCGGGCGGGACAGAGGGAGAUAUGCCCGUGUAAAUUAAGUUUCAUUUAUGUUAUUUCAUCGACACGAUCACCGGCCAAACGAGGAAGCACACCGCGGUGCGCCGCGCCGCGGCUCUCUUUAAUCAGCUUUGUUAAUCAGUGUGUGUCAAGAUUACCCUACAUAUCGUCCCACCGGUGGAUUCGUCCGCCAAGUAUUGCGGUUGAAUUAAAGCAACAAGUAGCCGCAGAAGUGCCUUUCUUCCCUCCCUCAGUGAUGUCAAGCUUAAUCGAGCGUCAAAACCUCUUUCUUUCAACGUCGCCUGCCGGACUUCUUUCCCGGCGUCGUCACCGCCUCAGUUUUUUUCUCCGUAUUACCAUUCAAAAAAGCGUUGCCGUGAUGACGGACAGGUGGAUCGCAGGACGAGCGCCGGUUUGCUGGAGUAUCUCGUUACGGCAACUCGAACAGCGCAGAAUGUCUCAAAGAGGAUGUCUUCUACUGCUGCUGCUCGGUCUGGCAGUGCUGAGAGAGUCAUCAUCUACAUUUAGCGAUACCGUUCACGAGAGCGAAUCUUCUCGCCAGGCACCACAUCACAGGCAGAAGAGAGUCUUAUGGUUCACGAACGAUGGACGGAUCGCAUUGCCACCCGGUACCGUCAUGACGAUCACGCCAACAUUGGCAUUGCCCUUCGUUCGGCAUCCUCCUUAUGGCUUCCUCAGCAAUAUGACUAUCAGCUUGCCGUUCACGAUCGAUUUUGACAAGCUGGGCCUGACGGAUAACGAAAACCCAUACGGUGCUCUGCCGUCGAGUUUCGACAGGAAGCUGAAGAGCCGGCAGGCCGGCAUGAUGAUGGCUGACUUCAUCGCAGCAUUUAUCAAGCGUAGAUUACACAAGCGAGACAUAACAGAUGUGCCAAAAAAUGCGUUCCAUGGCGGCGAGCGAGCUCUACUCUAUGUCACUGCUGAGGAUAUGCUGUCCACGCUGGGAAUGAACGGGAAGGCAUGCCUAUUGAGAGCAAUUUGCGAAGUCCAGGGACAUCAUCUGAAUAACUUCGGGCUUAUCGGCGAGAUGCUGAAGUUGUUCUUUACCGCUAGCCGAUCGCCGUUUGCAAAUCUCCUCAAAGAAUACGUCGAGGCAGAAAACCGUGGGAAAUUUCACGGCGAGUGCUGGCCCUACUUCAAGGACUGUCCAAAAUCCUUAUUUCUGCCAUCCAACAACAAAUAUCAGAAAGAUUCGUUUCACGACGAGGAGAAUGAGGAAGACGAACAUUGGAAUCAAAUCUCUAACGAAGAGCCUCUCACAAGGAUAUCAGGGCAGAACACGAAGGACACCGUACAUCCCAUGUAGUUUUAUAAUCACUGUAUGUAAUUAUACAAUUAUAAUUGUUCUCGAUGGUCCUCACACGGCCCUUUUUCUCCCGAUUCCACAGAUUCUCUAACAAAUUAAGUUGAAGUAAAGUUAGAACUCUAUCUUAAAAAAUGAAGGACAGUCGACUUAUCCUCGUUACUGAAGUUAAUUGCAUCUUUGUUCAGUCUGUAGUUAUCUAAACUCAUUGCGUAAGAAAAAAUAUUGCUUAAUUACAAUAUAAAUCCGAAAUUACAAUUAUUGCUCAUUAACGCGUUGUAAAUAUCUUUUGAGAAAAAAGAAGAUUUUUGUAAAGAGAGCCUGCUAAACAACUAACAGGGCUGUGUGACAAAAGGAUUACCAUUAUCGUGAUCAUGAUAAUGUGAUAAAUUGAAUUUAUAUCCGAACAUAAGAAAUUGUUAAAAGUUUUGGCUAGUCGUCGGCAUUGUAAAAUGUAUGACGCUCGUUGUAAAUAUAUAACGAUCGUUGUUUUAAGUAUUUCGUUGUUUUACGUACAGCGUGAGAAUACUUUGAUCUAGCCAUAUAACUGCAUGUAUAUACGAUACAACUGUUUGUACAGGAUCACGAAGAGAGGCACGGACAAACAAUAAAGUAUUGGUUUCGUGCGUUUGUGUGAUUAUCUAGG